CCGGCGCAUGCGCGGUUGGUGACGUGGCGUCUAGACCAGUCCGGGCGGGGGGGGGCCCCGGUGGGAUCAUGUCCGGGGUGCAGCGCAUGAGGGUGGCGAACGAGAGACACAGCAAGAGCAUCACCCAGCGGGGGGGGCUGCACCGCGCCCCGAAAGCCCCCCCAGAGGAGAAAGCCGCCGUGGGGCCGUGGCUGCUGGCCCUCUUCGUGUUCGUGGUCUGUGGCUCAGCUAUCUUCCAGAUAAUCCAGAGCAUCCGCCUCGGAGGAUGAUGGGAAACGCCGCUCUCCCUGCCGCUCCUCUUCUCAGGGAAUUCUGGGAUACCUCCUGGACCUCCAGUGACCCUCUGUGAUGUGUUGCUGCCGCGCUCCCUAACCCCCCCCCCGUGUCCGCCUGCCAAUGCUUCCCCCCUUCUUUUUGCUUCCUUGUAUGUUUCCAGCCCCGGGGGGGGGGGGGGGGAAGAGGGCGACUCCCCUUGCGUUCCCCCCCCCCGCACAAAGUGGGGGUGUCCCCCUGAGGUCCUGUGAAGGCAGCCUGGAGUUCGGUCAUGGUGUGUGUGGGGGGGAGGAUUUUCCCUUAAAAUCUGAUUCCCACCCCCGGGUUUCGCAAUGUCUGAUUGUUUACUGGAAAUACAUUAAAUGUUGGAAUUUUUAAUAAAA